AUCAUCACCAUUCAAUACAAAAACAAAAAGUAAAAAGACCCUUAAAAAAAAACUGAAAAAACUCUUUCAGAUGAUCUCCUGCAAUGGCAAUUCCCACUUCUUCAGGCAUUUCACCUGCAAAUUUCAUAUACCCACUUCAUAAUUCAUCCAAAUUCACCAUUUUCAAAGCUUUUCAAACCAUUUUCUCUCCUCCAUGGCCCACCAAAUUCAUCAUAGUUCAUUCCUCAACUUACCCUUCUCCUGUUCUAGAAGAAGAACCUUCCCCUGUUCUUCCCCUUGUAGAAUUCACUUAUGGAGCUCCAAAAUCUGAGGAACAGAAUCUUAACAAACUUAUCAGAGAAUUGUUGAAGGAUCCCAGAACAGAAGAUCUUGGGUUAGAGUAUUAUGAGAAGGCAAAAUUGAGUUCCCAAUAUCAACCCCAGAAAACAACUCUUAAAUCUUUAUUGAGGUAUUUAGUAAAAUCCAAGAAAUGGGAUUUAAUUUCUGUGAUUUCUAGAGAUAUAAAAAUGUACCAAGUUUUGCCUGAUAAAGUAUUUUGUGCUGAAAUUGUUAGUACUUGUAUCAAAAAUAGAAAAUUUAAAAUUGUUGAUUUGUUCUUAGAUAGCCUUGAAAUUGAUAAAGAAAUUGUUGGUUUUGGGUAUGAAUCUGCUUUAAGAAGCUAUAAUAAGCUUCAUAUCUAUAGCUUAACAAUUGAUUUGUAUGAAAAAAUGAAGUUAAAUGAUGUUGUUUUGGAUCUUGAUGGGUAUGUUUUGGUCAUGGAAGCUUAUAAAAAAGUGGGUAAGUAUAAGAAAGUUCUAGAAAUUUUUAGUGAAUUGGAAGGUAGUAUAAAGCAAGAAGAUACAGAAGCUUCAUCUAGGGUUUAUGGUGUUUUGCUUGAAGCUUUAGGGAAAUUAGGUCAAUCCGAGAAGGCUAUUGAGCAAUUUAAACAAAUGGGUGAAAAGGGUAUUCCUUUAAAUGCAUCAAUUUACACUAUGUUGAUCGGAUCAUUGGCCGAGAAAAAAGAGAUCGAUGUUGUUGAAAAACUUGUUGAAGAUGCUGAAUCAAAGAAAAUGUUGAAGGAUCCGGCAUUGUUCUUGAAGUUAGUGAUCAUGUAUGUAGAAGAAGGAUUGUUGGAAAAGACUCUAGAUGUAGUAAAUAAAAUGAAAGGUGUAAAUUUGAAGAUUUCUGAUUGUAUAUUUUGUGCAAUUGUUAAUGGUUAUGCUAAGAAAAGGGGGUUAAAUUCAGCAUCAAGAGUAUACCAAGAACUAGUUUUGGAUGGGUGUGAGCCGGGGCAAGUAACCUAUGCGUCGAUAAUCAAUGUGUACUUCCGGCUUGCGUUGUAUUGGAAGGCGAAGAAAGUGUUUGAUGAGAUGCAACAAAAAGGGUAUGAUAAAUGUGUGGUGGCGUACUCAACGAUGAUAGUAAUGUAUGGUAAGACGGGGCAAUUAAGAGAGGCAAUGAAGCUUCUAGCAAAGAUGAAGGAACGAGGGUGUGAGCCUAAUGUUUGGGUGUACAACUCGCUAAUUGAUUUACAUGGAAGGGCGAUGAAUUUGAGGCAAGUUGAGAAGAUAUGGAAGGAGAUGAGACGAAGAAAGGUGAAGGCGGAUAGAGUGAGUUACACAAGCCUCAUCGGAGCUUACUCUAGAGCACGCGAGUUUGAAACAUGCAUCAUGUUUUAUGAUGAAUAUCGGAGGAAUAGAGGAGGGAUUGAUCUAGCAUUGGCGGGUAUCAUGGUUGGUGUGUUCUCGAAGACUAGUAGGAUCGACGAAUUGAUUAAGCUAUUGCAAGAUUUGAAGGACGAAGGGAUGAAAUUGGAUACAAGACUUUAUAGAUCAGCUUUGAAUGCAAUGAGAGAUGCUGGUUUACAUAUACAAGCAAGAUGGUUGGAAGACAGUUUUGGUGUCACUUCUGUUGAUCGUCUCAUUUCACAUAAUAAAAGAAUCAGAACAACACCUCUUCUGUUUUAAGCAUACAUAUUAUACAACUAGAUUGGUCUUGUACAGAUUUAUGUCCUUGUAUAAUGUUGAUUUUAUUAAUGAUUAUCAAUGCAUAUCACACUCAAAACAA